UAUACUUUCCUUGAGCCAUUUGGCUAAAGCACCAAAAUGGGGAAAAGUUAUUCGAAACUGGCGAAAUAUGCCAUCUACUCAAAUUAAACAUGAGCACUAUAUAAAAACAUCUGAGUGCCAUAUUCCGUAUAUUCCAAAACUGGAAAAAAAAUUAAACAAGAAAGCUCAAAAGUACAAAAUUUGUUCCAAGAGCAAUAAUUUAAUCAGUGUUCGCUUUGAAGAAAAAACUCAGCAAUAUAUUUUGCAUGUCAACGAUUCUUUGGCGCAAUUGGAAUUAAAAGAAAUGCAGGAGGAAUUCCCAACUUUACUGGGUUACAAUUGCAGCUAUCAAGAAAUCAAAAGAGCUAAUAACAAUUAUACAGCCGAAGCACCUGUCUUUUUGGGUGAAGAAAUCGGUUUCGUUGAUGGCGAUGUUGUUCCCAAAAACUUCGAGGGAAUUCAAGCAUCCUGCAGAAAUGAACUGGCAGAAGAUCUUCAAUCGAAUAGUUUUGCUUUUGUGCAACCUCAGAGAACAUAUCCUCCACUUAAUUCCUGGCAUCGCAGACCGAAUGUUAUAAUGAUUGGAGUUGGUGGAAUUUCCCAACCCACAUUUAGGCGUGAUAUGCCAAAAGUAUUUAAUCAUCUAAAGACGAAGAGUUGGUUCAAAAUGAAUGGAUAUACAAAAGUGGGUGAGAAAACUCUUCCUAAUUUAAUGGCAUUACUAACAGGCUACAGUCCACAUAAUUGGUCAAAUUUAAAAUGCAAUUCCACCAGAAUUGGUUGCCUUAAAUCACUGCCACUGAUAUGGAAACGCUUUAAAAAGAAAGGUUAUAUCACAGCUUAUGCCGAUGACUUAUUAGGUAAUUCAAUGUUUAACUUGGAUAAGUUGGGAUUUCUUGAACAGCCAGUUGAUUUUUAUGCCUCAUCUAUUUUGAACCCAAAAACCAAUCAAGAUUGCAUAAAUUCCAAUUUUAUUGACAAUUAUUGUGAGCAAUUUUUAAAGCAACAUGCAAACUCUUCGCGACCUUUGUUUGGAGUUUUCCUUGGCAAGCUGGAUAAGUCCUAUGAUACUAACAAAAUACAAGCUAAACUGAUGGAAAAGUUAAUGAAAUUCCAGAAAAUGGGUGUACUUUCCCAAUCCAUUGUGAUCCUAUUCAGCGAUCAGGGUAAAGAUAAAGAUUCCCUGAGGGAAAGUCUUCCCUUGUUGUUUAUUUGGCUGCCUGUUUGGUUUAAAACUCAGCACCCAGAAUUAGUUCAAGGUUUAAGGAUCAACAGUGAACGGCUGACUUCUCCAUACGAUCUUCAUCUCACAUUGCAACACAUUUUGGAAUUGGGAGAAAAAUGGCCCCAAGCUGUGGAUAGAUUGGUGGAUUGUCCCACUUGUCAGACACUUUUUGCUCCAGUUCCCGAGAAUCGAACUUGUUCGGAUGCUGGAAUCGGAGAAUCAAUCUGCCCUUGUGAUAGCUACAAGUUACUGAACACCAAGCAGAUAAAGCAAAUGUCUUUGGGAAAACUGCUCGUUCAGAGCAUCAACCAAUUCCUGUAUGAUUACAAUCUGCAGGAAACCUGUGAGAAUCUCACUCUGAAAUCCGUGAAAGUGGUGCAACAACGGAGGGAUAAAACGAUUUCGAGUGGCAGCACUUAUAGAGUGGAAUUCUCUGCCACACCAAAUUCAAGAUUCUCCGCAACAACUCGCUACAAUCACAAGAACAAAACUUUGGAAUACAUAAAUGUGGGUGCCAUAAAUCGACUUGAUUCCUAUGGAAAUUAUUCGGAAUGCAUGCGAAGAUUGCCAGGCAGGAAGUUCUGCAUUUGCAAGGCUCAAAAUGAGACAGAAGAACAGAAAAAUGAAGCGAACCAAAAUCAAGAAUUGGAAAAGGCAACCAAAACUGAAAAGCCAACUCAAAUAACAAAAAGUAAUCAACUGGAAACCCACAAAAACUCAGAGCCGAAAAAACCUAAACCAGAACCAUUUGAAAAGAUUGAUUUAAGUUUGUUUGAAUAUCCAGACAUGAAGCCAGAAAUCGACCAACAAAUUGAGAUUAUCUCGGUUUAAAUGUGUAACGCCUGAA